UUUCUGUUUUUUUUUCUUAAAACGAAUUCUCUCGGUUUAACAUUGCUCGUUGUCAUGCCUUUUGUUGUUUGGCAUAAAUUUAACGGAAUAAAAUGUGUGCACGACGAGAUAUAAAGACUGGAAAAGUUCUGUGUUCAAUAUUGGAAAAAUGUUGCCAUUCACAAAAAAGAAAAAGGUGUCCUAAAACAAAAAGGCAAACGUGACCUUGGCGUGAUGCCCUUCGGCUGAACCGUCAUUGACCUGACCGUGGACGCGUCGGGAGACAGAUCUCACUCCACCACUCGCACCCGUCCCCACUCCCGACCGCGCAGCCCUCCCCUUCGUCGGCAGCCCAAAAACCCUCGGGGGCGAAGCGAGGAGAGGACGGCAAUGGCGGAGGCGCGCCGCAGCCACCCGUCGCAGUACGUGAAGCUGACCAAGGACCAGGACGCUUCCGCCUCCGGCCCCGGCGUGGAGGACAUCCGCCCUGGCGAGCUCAACCUGCCCGUCGCCGUCCCGCAGCUGGAGCGGAUGAAGUGCAUCCAGUGUGGGCAGGUGCUGCCUGAGGGCCACAAGGCGCCGGCCGACGAGCAGUGGACCACCGGCAUCUUCGGUUGCGCUGAAGACCCCGAGAGCUGCUGGACUGGACUAUUCUGCCCCUGUGUGUUGUUUGGACGAAAUGUUCAGGCCCUUAGAGAAGAUAUCCCACGGACAAGACCCUGCACUUGCCAUGCUGUCUGUAUUGAAGGUGGCAUUGCAUUAGCAAUCCUUACGGCUAUAUUCCAUGGUGUUGACCCAGACACAUUGAUCCUGAUUGGUGAAGGCCUGGUCUGCAGUUGGUGGAUAUGCUCUCAAUAUACUAGUAUUAUUCGUGAAAAGCUUCAGAAGAAGUAUCAUCUCGAGAACUCUCCAUGCAAUCCUUGCAUAGUCCACUGCUGCUUUCACUACUGCGCGAACUGUCAGGAGCAUUGUCGUGGUUUUGUCACGGCAGAUGUCCUAGAGAAAGGACUUAGUCGUUCAGACUCCUUUCUUCUUGUUAAGGCACCUGCUUGA